AUGCCUUAUAGCCACAUUCUACCAUAUUUAUUGAGGGGAUCAAUUGUGCAACUAAGGGAGUUAGGACCCCCACCAGCGGUUCUUCCUCCCGGUUAUGAUGCAAAUGCCCGUUGUGAAUUUCAUUCUGGCGCUCCCAGGCAUUCAAUCGAGAAUUGUAAAGCAUUAAAGUACAAGGUUCAAGAUCUUAUUGACUCUAAGGAAAUCACGUUCGCCCCCAAGAGGCCGAAUGUGAAUAAUAACCCGAUGCCCCCUCACAACAAUGCAUCGGUGAAUAUGAUGGAAGCUGACAAUGGAAGGAGAUUGAUGUCCUGUGUGGACGAGUUAAAAACACCACUCAUCGAGAUCAAGAAUGCUUUGAUGAAGAAUAAUACCUUUCCCAUCUGUGGUAAUGAUUGUGAACAUUGUCUGAUUAACUCGCAACAAUGUAGAACAUUGAAGUCUGUCAUACAACAAUUAAUGAACCAAGGGAUCUUGGUGGUAGACUGCCCAUCCACAAAGGAAGAUGUGUCUACCCUCGAGAUACCAUACGACGAAGUCCCUCCUCUACAAAUUCCAUAUGAAUUCUCUCAGUUAACUCUGUCGACAAAUCGUAUUACUCCAAUCAUAAUAACAAUUCCCACACCAUUCCCAUAUGUUGACACCAAGGCAGUCCCUUGGAUGUAUGACACCUCAGUCUACAUUCAUGGUCAGAAGAUUCAAGAAGAACCGAUAAAGUCUAGUGACCCAAUGAUCAAUAUCACCGGCACUAGCGGAGUCACAAGAAGUGGAAGGAUAUUUGCACUGACACCCACUCCAAUUGGAACUAUCAAUCCUUCAACUUCAGAUAAAGGCAAACAAAUUGAUGGCGCUCAGCAAAGACAAGACCCCGCACCUUCAAGUGAAGUAGACGAGUUCUUACACAUCAUCAAGAAGAGCGAUUAUCGAGUAGUUGAUCAGCUUAACCAGACACCCUCGAAGAUCUCAAUGUUGUCUCUAUUGAUGUGCUCGGAGGCCCAUAGGGAGGCUUUGGUAAAGUUUCUGAGGACAGCUCAUGUACCACAAGAGAUAUAUGUUUGUCAGUUUGAAGGAGUAGUUAACAAUUUCGCUACUAGCUUAAGCUUAGUCCUAUCAAGAGUUUUGGUAGACACGGGGUCUUCCCUCAAUGUGAUGCCUAAGAGCUCCUUUGCUAAACUAACUAUUGAAGGACUCAUAAUGAAGCCGAGUGAGCUUAUAGUAAGAGCAUUUGAUGGGACUAGAAAGACUGUAAUCGCUGAUGAUAAGCUAGUUGUUGUCGAGGGUGAGGAGGACAUUAUGGUAAGUCACCUCGCAUCUUUCCGAUAUGUUGAGGGAGAAGGGGAGAUAAGGGAAGUCCCAUUCCAAUCAUUUGAAGUUAUCAAUGUUGAAAUGGUUUGCCCAGAAAGGGGUGAAUCAAAAGAUGCCAAAUCUCCCAUGGCAUCUCUUAAAGACGCCCUGAAAAUCAUAAAGGAUGGACACCCCCAAGGAUGGGGAAGAUUGCUUGAACACCCUGCCAACAAGGACCGCACCGGUUUGGGAUACAACUCCCAGAAUUUGAAGAAGCCCGCGCCGAUAGCUACAAGGGGAUCAGUGCUCCCGCUGUCCGACAACUUCUCAAGUGCUGGUUACCUGGAUGACAAUCGUAUUUGUGCCGUGGAAGAAGAAGAAGAAGAAGAAGAUGAUGGCUUGAUCUUCACAAAGACUGAUGGAAAUGGUGCUACCAAAUGGACCGAGUUUGAAAUACCUAAAGUGACCUUGAUCAAAAUAUCAUCCUCGACAACCACCAAUGACAAUCCUGCUACAAUCUCAUACGACUUUGACAACCCGAUUAAUCAAGUUGAUGAAGAGUGUGACGAAGAGGCCGAACUCCCAGAAGAAUUGGCAAGGCUGCUCAAGCAAGAGGAAAAAGUCAUCCAGUCGCACGAAGAAUCAGUGGAAGUGAUUAACCUUGGGACAAAUGAGGAAGCGAAAGAAGUCUGGGUCGGCUCCGCUCUACAAGACGAGGUGAAGACAAAAUUGAUUGAGCUCUUGAAGGAAUACAAAGAUGUGUUUGCAUGGUCAUACCAAGAUAUGCCCGGCCUUGAUACUGACAUUAUGGUCCAUCAUCUACCCCUUAAAGAAGAAUGCCCUCCAGUAAAGCAAAAACUACGAAGAACCCGUCCCGACAUGGCUAUGAAAAUCAAGGAGGAGGUACAAAAGCAGCUCAACACCGGCUUCCUAGCGGUCUCCAAUUAUCCUCAAUGGAUAGCUAACAUUGUGCAUGUACCUAAGAAGGAUGGCAAACUGAUUUAA